CCCUCUCGGAGGGGUCAAACACUUGUGAAGGAUGGCUUAUUAAUCUGUGGACCUGGACAUUCCUUCCCUGUCUGGAGACAAAAAGCUUUGUUUGAGCAAAUCAGGUUUGCCUGAAAAAGACAGAGGGAGGGAUGGAAACAAAGGUCCUGGGUGUUUAGGCUCAGAGCAUGGUGAGGAUCUCAGAUUGGCCUCAGCGCUUGUGGGUGCUGCAUCUUUGUCUGCCACAUGUGGAUCUUAAAGAACCUGAAACACUGACCAAUGUCGAUUAGAUCUGGAUUUUAAACUAGAACUGGAAAAGAUGGAGCAGUAUCUGGUGUUUGGAAGAAUGUAAAGUGGAGUUCAAACAGUGAGGCUCAGGUUAAUAAUAUGAAUACCUUAAGAAACAACAAAAAUCCAUGGGUGCUUUAUGAGACAGAAGUACCACACAGCAGGAUUUGUGAUUCAGCCUGUGGAGUUAGUGCUGCAGAGAAACUGACCCCCGAGCACCUGCAGCUCCUGAGAAAUGCAUUUAACCGUCCAAAAGAUGGCGCACAGAUACAUGAAAACAUGUCGAAAGGAAGGAGUGGAAGGAACAGAGGAGGAAAUGAAGAGCGUGGAAUGAAGUUGGAAGAGUUUCGGGAAGUUCUUAGGUCUGUGUUUGGUCCAGAUGUUGAGGACACAUGGGUUGAAAGGUUCUUCAGUGAGGUAGAUAUCAGCUGUUCCGGGCAGGUGAAGUGGCAGCAGCUGUGUUCCUACCUGCUUCUGGAGUACACUGAGAGAGAACGCGCCUCCAUUCCCAGAGCUGCUCCUCUGGACUCCCAGCCGCAGAUCAGACACUGCUCUCAUAACAAGCGGGAGCCAACAGUGCGUGUGGUUGCUGUCUCCCACCCUCCUCCGCUCCGCUAUAUUAGUGUCAGUAAGGGAGGUCAGAUCACUGUCUGGAACAGCAGCCUACACAUCCUUAAAACUCUAGGGCUUGCUGGAGACCCAACAGAGCAAGUUGCCAACACGAGGAGAUUUAGAGGUUGGACCACUGAUGCUGUCUACAUGGGCAAUGUCCACAAGGUUGCCAUAGCAACUGACUGCAGGGACUUGCACUUUGUGAAUGUCGCCAUGGGCAGCGUAUUUGAGGAUGUCCACCUGUUUGGGUUCCGUAGCGUCCUGAGUGCACUUUGUUACUGGCAUGAUGUUCAGUGUCCAGAGCGACCUUCUCUGCUGCUACUGGGGGAUGAAAAAGGAGGAGUCCACCUCAUGUGGUUCCUGAAUCCAUCUAAAGGACUUUUCAAGAAUCCAUCCAAGGCAGAGAAUGGCCCACAGAGGAUCUUUUUCCCAGACCUUGGUGAACACAGCAACAUGGUGUCCUACCGUCACAUCCCUAACAUCCACCAGGAACCAAUCAACAGAGUGAUGUUUGAGCCCAGCGCCAAUGUCAUCAUGACAUCAUCAGAAAGUGACACGACCUCUGUGGUUUUUAUUAAUGUGACACUAAAGCAGGAGCCUUAUGUGUGGUCAUUUAAGCAGGGGGCUAAAUGUUUUGACUACAAUGCCUCUCUGCAGUUGAUGGUCACAGGAGGUUGUGACCGAGCAGUCAGACUGUGGACUCGAUUUGUGACCACACGUCCCAUAGCUACGCUGCUGGGUCACUGCACCACUGUGUUGGAUGUUGCAAUCUACCAACCUGUUGGACAGAUCUUCAGCUACUCCAGAGAUGCUGAGCUGAGGGUUUGGGACAUUUCCAGCCAUCACUGUCUGAAAACCAUCUGCCUGCAGUUCCCAUGCCAGCAGCCAGGUCGAAUCCCAGAACACGGCAACUUCCCCUUCCUGUUGCUGAGCCCUCCUCUUCCUGAGCACACACAGUCUCAUUUAGUGGUGGGAUGCAAAGAUUACCUGGCACUGCUCAACCUGGCUGAAACAAGAAGAGGAGGAGGCGGAUGGUUGACAGAUGAAGGAAAGGAAACUGGACCAAACAUUCAAAGUGGUCCUGCCCUCUCUUGUGCUCAGUAUAACUCCGCUCUGAGACAGUUGGCGACGGGACAUGGCAACUCAUCUGUGUCUCUGUGGGACGUGGAGUCAGGGAGGAGGCGGCUUCAGAUCUUAAACGCUCAUGGAGAAGAUGAGCUCACCUGCAUGACACUAGACUCCUCCCACAGAAGACUGAUCACUGGGGCUCGGAAUGGCACUAUUAAGGUGUGGAACUUACUAAACGGCCUUAACUUGCACAAACUGGAGCCCGUCACCAACUCUGAGGUCACCGGGUUGACCUGUCUCCAUGACAACCAGCUGCUGGCUGUGGGGUGGAGCCAGCGGGUCGCUCAGUACGACAUCGCAGCUGCCAAGGAUUUGUAUGUAAGAGCAGACCUGUCGUGGAAGUCCAGCGGCGUUCACAAGUCAGACAUCUUGGCUGUGUGUCAGUGCUCUGCUCUGGGGGUCGUUGCCACGGCAAGCCAUGAUGGAGAGGUUGUUAUCUGGAGGCUGGAGAUGCAAGGACCAGUGCUUCACCUACAGAGACCGACACAGAGAGGAGUGGUGCCCCCUGUGGACAGCCUCUUGUUCCUGCAACAUCGGGCUGUCAACAGAAAGUUGAGAAACAGAGGUGUCCUGGUCUCAUCUCAGGCUGGCUUUCUCUGUUUUUGGAGCAUCACUGGACAGACGCACACGUAUGGCCAGUUCUAUGCUCCGGAGCAGCCAGGUGAGCGUGUGCUGAGCCUGAGCUCAGAUCAGCCUAAAAACACCAUCCUGGUCUCUGGAGACACAACGGGCUGGCUUCAGAUCUGGGACAUCUGUCACUAUGCACUGGACGUCCAGCAUGAGCCAGAUUGUGAGCGGCCUCCUCUGCUGCAGUGUUGGAAGGCUCAUGAGAGAGCAUUAGUAAGUGUGGAAGUCCUGGAGGUUGCAGACAGAUUGUUUGUCCUCACAGCCUCAGCUGACGGCUCUGCUGGACUGUGGACAAAGGACGGAGAUCAUGUGGGUUCUUUCGGGCAGGAAGUGAUGUGGAAUAUCACUGAGCCAGCUACUUACCAGAGGAAGAUGCAAAAGAAACUGACAGAAGACACGGGGGAGAUAAUUGUAAGUGACGAAACGGGGAUCAGCGAGGCCAAAAGUCAAGUACCUAGCCCCACCAACAGGGGUCAAACUUCAGAGGAAGAAUGCUGUUCUGAAGGCAAUCAUUUAUUGCCAACAGGUGUUUUGAGCUUCAUCUGCCAGCCCAGCAGAGAAUGACCAUGAGCAACCUCAGCAACCCAUGGUAACCUGCAAACACACACAAUCAGCAGCUGAUGAGAACACUUGU